AUGGAGCUGCACGACCUUGCUGCGCAUGUAUCUGUUUUUGUUUUUGCUGCGCUGUCCUCGUUCUACAAGAAGCCGUUUUGCGGGACGUGGCAGCACCCGCUGAAUCGUUUGUCUUUGUCUCUCGCCAACAUGGAAACCAAGCCGGAUGCCGUCGUUCCGGGGACGACAUCGCAGAGGUCAGCCUCGCGCGCCUCAUUCAUGAACAUCACGCGGCCGUCGGGAGCGGUCGGUGCGGACCCCGGCCGCAAAUCAGGGUACGUUGGUGACCCGGCCGAGGAGAAGGCCUCGCUCGCCUCCUCGCUCGUCAACCUCGCCAACACUGUGAUGGGCACGGGCAUCCUCGCGCUGCCUGCGGGCAUGGGCACUGCCGGUCUGAUCCCCGGCAUGUCCUUCCUCGUCAUCACUGCGGCGAUGGGCGGCUUUGCGCUGUAUUGCCUCGGCCAGGCCCAGCUCAAGAUUGGGCCUCACCCCCAGUCCUUCACCACGCUGGGCGACGCGGUGAAGCCAAAGUUCUCGGUCGUCGUUGAGCUGGCCGUAAUCUGCAACUGCCUGGGCUCGGCCAUCGGCUACCUGAUCGUCGCGACCGAUAACCUCCUCGGCGCCGACGUCAACUGCCCGAUCGCAGGUAUCUUCGGCACGCCGGGCGGCAGCAGCUUUCUUGACCAGCGUCAGGUUUGGACGGUCGUGGCCGUCCUCGUCGCCGCCCCGCUCUCGCUGCUCAAGACCAUGGACGCCCUGCGCGUCACGUCUGCCCUCGCGGUAGGGAUCCUCAUCGCCGUCGCUGUCUUGGUUGUCGCCGUGUACUUUGAGCCAACGGACGACCUCUCGCCCUGCGGCACUAUCGGCGAAACGAGCUGUGUCGGGGAGAAGCCCAACUACGGCACCUUCAUGCCGACGUUCGCCAAGUUCGUCGUCUUCACUAAUGCCUACACCUGCCAGCAGUCGCUGCCGCCAAUCAUCUCGGAGCUCGAGAACCCGACGCCCGGCCGGCUGAUGAUCCUCAUCUACGGCGCCCGCGCACUCGCCGUCCUAGCGGAUUUCGUGUCCUACUUUGGCUACAUGUCGUUCGGUGUCAACGUCGCCUCCAACAUCCUCAACAGCUACCCGGUCAACGCCUUUACCACGCUCGGCCGCUUUGGCGUCGCCAUCGUCGUCAUCACCUCGUACCCCAUCCAAACCUUUGCGACGCGCAAGUCGUUUGCCAACAUCCUCCGCACUCUCGGCGGCGGCGAGCCGCCCAAGACCCCGCCGUCAACCUUCAUCAACGACAAGCUCGAGCUGAUGACCAUGAUUGUGCUCCUCAUAUUCACCUUCAGCGUCGCACUGGUCGUCACCGACCUCGGCGUGAUGGUCGGCAUCACUGGCUCGACGGGCGCCGCCGCGAUCACCUUUGUCUUCCCUGGCCUCUUCUACUACGUCACGCACGCCGACCAGCCCGGCCCACUUCGGACGGCCGCGUUCGUUCUUUUCAUCUUUGGGUGCGUCAUCAUCCCGGUCUCGCUCUUCCUCACGCUCGCGGGGUACUGA